AUGAGAGCCACGUAUUCAAAGAUGAUGACCAUGCUGGCGAUGGUCUAUCUCGUCUUGUGCAACACCCUUGUGACCAUCGUCCGUGCUCAAGACCCACCUGCAGUUGUCUCUCCUCCCAGACCUCAAGACACUGCAGUGGCAUCGCCCCCGUUGGUGCAAUCAUUGCCACAGACACCAGCUCAGGCACCGGCAGCAGGGGAUGAAACAGGAUCUGGAUCAAAACCUAAACCAACAGAAGCAAAACCGCGAACGCCACCAAACUCUAGCUCAGGAACGCCUUCUCAACAAUCUCCUUCUCCUCCUCAUCCUGCAACAAAUACGACAGGAAAUCCAACACCCUCCAUCCAACCCGGCACCAAUACAACAACAACACCUGCCCCCGCGCACACUCCAGGCCCAGCGACCAAUCCACUACCACCCGGAACCAAUAACUGUCUCAUUGAACCCUUCUGCGACUCAGGAGAGGAAUGCUUUGUCCUUACAGACGGACUCGUCUGUUUACCCAGAGCUCAAAACUGGGGUUACAUCUUGACCAGAAACGCAAGCGGGAUCCCUUCUGUACCAGGAUGGUCCGGCCCCCUUUCUCAACUGAAUGAAAGCUGUACACGGUUCCAGAUGCCUGCCAGUGCUGAUAAGCCAGGGUUGGCUCUUUUAGUGUACGAUCUGAUCCGGGAUACGUUGCCCAAGGACUUGUUACUUUCUCGGUUUGACAAGUCGACAACCAAUUGGUACACCCACUUCUCCAACUGUGAGCCCAACCUCGCCUGCACUCUUGGAAUCUGUCAGCCACGGCCAGUCCUGGGCGAGAGCUGUACAACGUCGUGGCAGUGUAACGCCCUAGCUUUAGGACUGGACGACCUCAACCAGCCCAUCCCGACGGCGAACACGACUGAGAUGCGAUGCGAGUACCUAGAUGGCAACAAGAGUGUAAACACGACCUGUCAAUUGCUUCAUCGGGACAAGGAUGCUGUUCAUGGGUUUAUGGAAGACGAUAGUGGGGGGUUUUCGGCGUGGCAUGUUAUUGUGCCUGUGGUUGUAAUUUUGAUUUUGGUUUAUUUCGGGACGGUGGCUUACAAGCGCAGGAUGCGGCAGCAGAAGCGGCGGAAAUGGACCCACACCAUUGAAGACAACAGGGACGACGUUCGUAUGGAGUCCUACGACGAGAUCCAUUGA